AAUGUACACGUGUAUAUAUAUGUUGAUACGGCGAGGUUGAUUUCACGAUUGUUUCUAUGGUUACCUGACGGUGGCUCAAGGGUUUCGUUGGGGUCUAAAGCAUUAAGGGAUAUAGAUCGACGGAGUUGUCCGCCGUGAACACGCGGGUGAACAUUCAUACUUAACAUUUGCUACUUGUUACUAUUACUAUUUACUUUUUAACUAGACACUGAAGUUUUAUUAAUUUACUUUUUUAUUUAAAGUCUUCCACAUAAACUAUUUAUAUUUAUUAUUCAAUUUUAUAACAACCCAGAUCUCGUUUCACUCUCCUGCGUAAUAUAAGAAAUUUUAUCUCGAGCCCCUCUGUUAUCAUAUAAAAGUUACCGAAAAAAUAAAAAAAAUUUAUAUAUAUAAUAAUAAUAAAAUAUACUUAUAUACUAUCGCCUGCGGGUUAUACAAAUGACGGGAAGAAUUUCUCUGGUUGAACAAAAAAGAUUGCAAUGGGCUAAAGAAAGAGAAGAAAUGGCGAGAUUAAAUGAGCACUGGAGUGCCUCGAAGCCAUCAAAUCCAAUUUAUUCUGCAAUUCGCUCAAGAAUGUCGACACGAGAUUAUCAAAGUAGUAGUAAUAGUUGUAGAAAACCGCUCCGAGCUAGUGAACAUUAUGGUAGUACAGCAAGUUUGAAGAGUAUUGAUACCGCAUCUACAAGCUUGCGAAGUUUGGACUUCGCCAAUACUGGUAGUAUGAUCAAUAUUGUUGAUCGUAUAGAAUUACCAGGAUCCACGAGAAAAAGAAGUCCUAGUUUACCACCAAUAUAUACCAAAGAACACCAUCAACAUCAGCACACAUAUAAAUCACAGGAACUUCCUAGUCUAGAGGUAGAGGGCUCACGAUUUAUAAAUCAACCCCGAACACAAAAACAUUCAAACAACCAAGUAGAACGUGACAUUUUAAUUCGUAAUACGUAUGAAGAACGUGAAGGCGAAACUUCAGGGUACGCGAGCGACUCUAUUGAAGUCAAUGCUAUUCAAACCGCUGAUGUAAAAAGAUUACUUCCACUUGAAAAAUCACAAGGGGAUGCUGAAAUGGCUGAAAGACUUUGGCAAAAUUGUUAUUAUGAUUCGCCAGAUCCUUCACUGCCGCCAUCAAGAAAAUUCACAAGCCCUCGUUUAGGUGAAUUGAAUAGACCCAGAUGGGGUAGUAUUUGGAAUCAAGAUAAUACACGAAAUGACUUACCACCACCCUCGUGGUUGGAACGAGGGCUAUCUCGACUAGAUCACUCCAGUCAGGUCUUAGUAAUUAAUCACGACAGCGCUAGCAGCCCUGAUAGUUCAUCGACUGGUUCAACAGACUCAAAGACUUAUUUACGAGGUCAAAAUAUUCCAGUAGACGCGCAAAUACUUCAAGAACGCGAAGCACGACGACAAAAAGCCCUUGAGCUUCAGAGUGCAAUAAAGCAGCAGUUGGAAGAAAAAGACAGACGCAGAAAAGAAGAGAAGGAAAGAAAACUCAGGGAAGAGUUAGAAGAAGAAGAGAGAAUAAAAAGGGAAAGAGAUAAGGAGAGAGCGAGAUUUGAAGAAGAACAGAGAAAGUUAAAGGAAAAAGAAGACGCCAAGAAAAAAAAAGAAGAGACAAUGAGAGAAAUACUCGAGACAGCAGAGCGACUUGCCAAAGAGAAAAAACGACAACGUCAUCAACGUGAUUUUAAAAACGUAACAACGAUCAAUGACCCGGAGGUAAAUGAUUGGCCACCUGAUACUAUAAGCAAUAAAUCUUUUCAAGUCAAUGAGUUUAAUGAUAAUAAUCAAUAUGCACAAAUCAAGACUGAUAUUGAUGACAAACCAAUAAUUAAUAUUAAUAAUUUUAAUAAUAAUAAUAAUAAUAAUGAUAAUGAUUAUAGUUAUCCAAUAAUUAAUACGGAGACUUUUAAUGCAAAUGAUAGCAACCCAAUAAAUACUACAGAGAGUUGUAGCAAAAAAUUUGAUGAUGAAUCUGCUAAUGAAACCGCUCGCGAGAAUUUAAUGAGAUUGAAUAAAGAUGUGGCGAUUGUCCUCACAGGAAGACUUGAAGAUACCAAUUUUUUAAAUGGAAAUAACGUUAAAUUACUAAAUUUGAUUGUUAAUUCCAGCACACAAUGUGAUAAUAAGUCAAUGACUGUUAAUAGUAAUAAUAAUAAUAAUUUAAAUAGUUUAAUUAAAAGUUUAACUAAUUCAGGAUUUGUAAAAAGUACAUGCGGAGCAUCUUGUUCGCCAAGAAUUGUUGAAAAUCGUUUACUAACACCAAGUAAAUAUAGAAUUAACUAUGGAAGAGAUUUUGGUACACAAACAGAUGUUGAAAAUGAUAGUAGUGAUUUAGGAAGUAAAGAUGUUUGUAGAGGAUCUAAAGAAAGUGUCAACAUACGACGAGAUACUGACAAAUCGACGGGUACUUCGAUUGAAGAGAAAAAUCUAUUGCGAUCUAAAUCACAACCGCGACAAACGAUUGAAACCCGACCGCGGUGGAAUGCUAAUAGGCCUGGGACACGAUACAGAACACAGAGCGAGAAGGAUCCCCAUUAUCAGAGACGUAUGAGAUUGAGGAGACGACGAGUGGAAUCGAGUGAUGAACGAUCAAGGUCACCGUCACCUGAUCGCAGAAAAAUGAGUAACAUAAAAUCAAAAAUUCGUAAUUCGAUUCAACGAAAAUCUAAAGUAGACAAUUACGACGCUGAUUUGUCAAUGGAUAGUUUUAAUUCAGUUGUACCAUUACGUGUAAAUGAACACGGCCGUAUUAUCGUACAAAUGAACAAAUCUGAUAACAGUUUACAUAUAAAAGACCAUGAUAAAAGAAUUGAAACAAAUAGUAAAAACAAAUUAAAUCUAUGGUGUGAGCAAGACAUACUUACGCAAUUGGCUUCGUUAAAAAAUGGAUUAUUGGCAAAACAACGCGAGUGGGAUUCAGAAAGAUGUUUAGUGUCACCGAGCACAGAAUUUUAUUAAUUUAAUUAAUAAUUAACGACUUGCGUAUUUUAUUAAAAUUAAAAUUUUUCUUUACUUAAAUUU